AUGAAUCUCCUCUUAUGGAAUUCCGUUGAUAUAUGGGUGCCCAGCUACGUAUUCAAUGAUGAUUCGUUUCUCACUUGGUGGAAUAUUCCUUAUUUUCUUUUCAUUUUCUUUUCAAUGGUGACAUGCUCUUGGCUCUCUUUUUAUAUGACCAUUGUAAUGUGGAAAGUGAAGAAAUUUCAUGGAAAUGCCACGUAUAUUCUAUCUUGUAUGUAUAUUUCUUGGUUCGAGUGCUUGUUGGGAACCCUGGUGAUUUUGCCUUAUAAGUAUGGAAUUAUCAAUUUGGCAGAGCCCGAUCAAACAUUCGAAGGAUUUGAGGACACCUCGAAUUAUCUGAAAAUCGAUUCUCUCAGCUGGAAAUGUGUUCCUUUACUGAUAGCGACUUUUAUGGAAUGGCACUACGUCGGAAUUGUUAAUAGCUCGUUCUCUUGUUUUUUAAUUGAGCGAACUUUCGCCACAGUUUUAUUUAGUGACUAUGAAUCCAUAUACCGGAAGAAACUCUCCAUAUUCCUAAUCAUAUAUCACCAGGCGUAUGCAAUUUUCCUGGCACUUGUGAUGCUUUUCCAUGUUUUCCCAUUGAGAAAUCUUCUGGGAAUGAACGCAUGCGGCCUAUUAUUUGUGAUUCCGCACCUAUUUUUUCUUCGGUAUUACAACUUAAAGGCUCGGAAUAAUAUGCGAUUGGCGAGGAAUAUCACGAAAAACUCAUUGGCGGCGAAGUUUCAGACCGAGGAGAACCUUCGGUCUAUUUCGUUAGCAUUCCGAAUUUAUAUUAUCAUGAUAAUAUUUGAUAUUGUUUUCCUAAUCAAUAUCUACCUCGGGAUUUUGAAAGUUUCGGGUGCAAAAUAUUAUUCUCAAGCGGCGGAGCACAUUAUUUUCUUUGGUCCAUUAUUCCUGGUUCCGGCUAUUGUAUCAAGUGUGCAAGAUUGGAGAAAACAGUUUUUAUUUUACAUUCCUAUCAAUAGAGUUCAGCCAGAGGAGUCGAAAUAUGAAUUAGCUGCUACUCCCGAGCAAUCUGCAGCAAUUCAUUUUAAGCAAUUGCAGAAUUUAUGGGUUUAA